AUGCACAUCCUCGCCCACGGCAUCGACAUCGUGCGCGUGCACCGCGUGCAGCACUCCAUCGAGGAGUACGGCGAGAAGUACCUCGCAAGGGUCUUCACGGACGUCGAGCGCGCGUACGCCGAGGACCGCCCGCGCCGGCGGUUCGAGCACUACGCCGUCCGCUUCGCGGCCAAAGAGGCGGCGCUGAAGUGCCUGGGCACGGGGUGGUCCCAGGGCAUCGCGUGGACGGACGUGGGAGUGGUCCACGACGCGAACGGCGCCCCCUGGCUCACGGUGACGGGCGUCGCGAAGCGUUUCGCGGACGAGCUGGGUGUGAAAGCCUGGCACGUGAGCCUGAGCCACACGGACGAUCUGGCGAUGGCGUCGGUCAUCGCGGAGGGGUGA